AUGAGCUCCUACUUUGUGAACCCGCUGUACUCCAAGUACAAGGCGGCGGCCGCGGCGGCGGCGGCGGCAGCGGCGGCGGCGGCGGCGGGUGAGGCCAUCAAUCCCACUUACUACGACUGUCACUUUGCACCCGAUGUCAGCGGCCGCCACGCCGCCGCCGCCGCCGCCGCCGCCGCCCUGCAGCUGUAUAGUAACAGCGCCGCCGGCUUCCAGCAUCACCACCAUCACCACCACCACCACCAGCCGCAGCAGCCGCCCCAGCAGCAGCCGCAGCAGCAGCCUCACCCGGGACCCGCUAGCGGAGGGGGCGGCGGCGGCGGGGGCCCGGACUAUUACCAUCCCGCCGGGGGGAGUCCGGCCUCUGCCUACCAGCCGGCCCCCCCUCCUCCGCAUCCUCCUCCUCCACCUCCUCCGCCGCCGCCGCCUCCCCCCUGCAGUGGGAUUGCCUGUCACGGGGAGCCCGCUAAGUUUUACGGAUACGAUAACUUACAGAGACAGCCGAUUUUUACGACCCAGCAAGAGGCCGAGCUGGUACAAUAUCCUGACUGUAAAUCGUCCAGUGGUAAUAUUGGCGAGGACCCAGACCACUUAAAUCAGAGCUCGUCUCCUUCUCAAAUGUUUCCCUGGAUGAGACCACAAGCAGCUCCUGGUAGGAGGAGAGGAAGACAAACGUACAGUCGUUUCCAAACGCUAGAGCUGGAAAAGGAAUUCCUUUUUAACCCUUAUCUGACCAGGAAGAGAAGGAUUGAGGUUUCCCACGCUCUAGGACUCACCGAGAGGCAGGUAAAGAUAUGGUUUCAGAACAGGAGAAUGAAAUGGAAAAAAGAGAACAACAAGGACAAAUUUCCAGUUUCCAGGCAGGAGGGGAAGGAAGGGGAAACAAAAAAAGAAGCACAUGAUCUGGAAGAGGACAGAGCUGAGGGCCAGACAAAUUAA